AUGGAUCCAUUCUUAAAACUCCCUUCAAUCGUCCAGAGUGAGAUACUGGUUCAUCUUCAGUCUGAAAUAAGCAUCAAGAUGGUAAUUCAAGCCUCACCCUCCAUGCUGUGGCAUUUCGUUGCUUACAAGAAAAGUGUCCUCCGCCGCAUUAUGAACGACAUCUUACAUGAAGACACCUCUGGUGUUCUCCUCCGAGAUGCCCAGGGAAUCAUCUACAUCUCAGAUAAAGCUUCGGCCAAAAAUUACCUGGAGACGAAAAUGUGGAUGACCAUGGAGCUGCCCGACACCUUGGAACAAGACCAGCUUGAGAAACUCUGGCGUUUAUUCUCCCGCAUGAUCACCUUCAUCGAGGAUUAUGUCUCAAAAGCAACGAGUGCCUAUCUUCCAAGAGCUUAUCUCGGCAUUCCGGACAUUCUCAAUGGCAGUGGAAGCUACUUUAAAGGGCAGAGAUUGGACACCGAGGCCGUUAGAUUCAUGAGUCUGACGAGGGCCGAGCGACAUCGGUUCUUAAGUGCCUUUGCGAAAUAUGAGCUGUUUUGCAAGAUUUAUUAUCCGCGGAAAAGGUUUCCGGAAGAAUGGCUAAACAUAGAAAAGCAGCUACUCGCAAUUUCUAAAGAUUCCGAUUUGAUGAUGAUGAAUUCCGUCCAUGAAUAUUAUCAAGGUGUAUACGGAGCUUUGUUCGCACAUUGCCAAGAGUCCUGGUUACCUGACAUACCUGAAACUCCCAAAAAAGAACAGUCAUCUGACGCAAACAUUCGCAAAUCUUCUCGAUACCCAUUGCUUUUCCCCGAUAACACCUACUUCAACGCUGAGGUGUAUGAAGCGGAUAUGGAAAUAUACGGGCGAUAUCUGGCCCACGAACUUCCUCGUUUCGGAUUGGACUGCUUGUCGCAAAUACUAUCGUUCAUGAAUGAAGCAGCAGGCCGCGAACAUAUUCUGAAAGCAUGGCUUAAGACACUAUCGUUUCGUUUCGGCAUGCCAUGGACCUGUCUGCUCCCCCAAAAUCCUGUCAAAAGGGAACUUCGCCAUUACAAUCGGCUCCGCGACAACUGUGACGAACUCGAAGACGGAGAGAUCCGAGAGGGCCAUAGUGGAAACAGCUUCGUUAAUCUAACCUCCGGUAAACAUCAGCUUCCCAUUUAUCGGCAACGAGCUCGGGCUCUAUUUGACGACAAUAGACUGUAUCCCAAACACGGCAAUCAUUUCCCGACGCUAGAUGAGCUUGCUGGGACGAUUAAAGAACUCAAGAAGACGCUUGCGCCAAAUGUUGAGCGCAGCCGAAGGCGCUCUCAGAAGUGGCAGGACUAUUGGGCUUCGAGAAUUCUGGAGCCUCCCGACCGACAGUCCAGUGAGGGAGAAGUUGAGGCUUCUAUAAAUGGGCAUCUGGGUCCUUGCGUGAGGUUUUUUGGUGCUCCUAAUGACAAGCUGCCUAAUAAUCUGACGGGAACUUAA